GACCGCCGCUGAGGCCGGACGACUGUCGCUUUAAUACGAUGCGAUCGGAAAAAUAAACUAGUUAUACACCGGAACGACCGGCUAACGACUGUGCGUCGAAACGUGCUUUGUGGAUAAACUGUUGUGAACGUAUACUAUUAUCGAUAAACUGUUCUGUUUGAUCUGGAGCCGUUGACUUGUGUGGAAACAAAGGCUUAGUUAGUUAUAAGGUGAACGUUCGUGCAUAGCCAUACGACCGAGAAACAUAAGAUAUUGUGGUACCAAGCGAGCGGACGAGGCGCUCUGGCCGGCGACCAUGAAUUAGAUAUCGCCGCGUACGAUAUCAAACGUGAGUUAUGGCCAGCUUCUUUUGUAAGUAGCUGAUCUGCAAGCAAGAAUUAUUAUUAACUUCGAAGACAUGACGGGAUGCCGGUUUCCUGAAGAUGGCCUCACGCACCCCGUCCCUUGAGUCGCUGCCCGGUGCCAACUCUAUAGGUUCGCUGGAGCGUGGCUCCUUAUCGCCCUUGACUUUGAGCGGAUCCUCGCCUCCUGCGAGUGACUCCGCUGUAUGUGACCUUCGUGAAUUCGACGGCCUCGACACCACCUGUGCAAUCUGCCGAGAGACAUUUGUCGACCCCAAAGUACUCAACUGUUUUCACACAUUCUGCCGUGGGUGCCUGGAAAGGGAACAAACCCACCCCGAUAAAGUUACUUGUGUCACUUGUCGUGUAGACAGCCAACUACCGCCUGCUGGUAUACCUGGACUAUUAACGAACCUCGUCAUCGCCGCGGCUGUAGAGCAGGACGCUGAUCUUCUGCCAACAGCUCGCCAAACUAACUCUCCUUCAGCCCGUUGUACCGGCUGUAAAUCCAAGGAAUCUGACGCAGUAGCGCGUUGUGUUGAUUGUGCGAAUUUCCUUUGUCCAAAUUGCGUCAUGGCACACCAAUUCAUGCAUUGUUUUGAAGGCCACCGUGUGCUCGCCUUCACGGACUUAAAAGACGAUAAAGGGAUGCUUGGCUCCACACUUACAACGAGCGGAGACAAAACAGCAUUUUGUCCGAGACACAAAAAUGACAUCCUUAAAUAUUUCUGCCGUACUUGCUCCGUGCCGGUUUGCAAAGAGUGCACCAUUAUCGAACAUCCGGCAGCUUUACACGAUUGUGAACAUUUAUCAGACGCCGGCCCUAAGCAGUUAGAACUGAUGCAACAAGCUGUUAAUGAAGCCAAAACUCGAGCUACUGAAAUAAGGCACGUUGUCAAAACCGUAGAACAUGCCGCGGGAAAAUUACAAGUACAGUAUCAUAAAGCUCAAAAUGAAAUAAACGACACGUUCCAAUUCUAUCGCUCUAUGUUAGAAGAGCGUAAGCAAGAGUUACUAAAGGAACUCGAAAGUGUAUUCUCAACGAAACAAAUUGCCCUUACCGUUGUUGGGCAAAAGGCUCAAGAGACGGUUGACAAAAUUUAUCAAACAUGCGACUUCGUCGAGCGACUGACAAAAUGUGCAAACAUCGCUGAAAUUUUAAUGUUUAGAAAACUCUUAGACACAAAACUGCAGUCGUUAAUGAGCACUAACCCGGAACAGAGUGUUCAAACUGCAUGUGAACUGGAAUUCGUUUCCAAUUACCAAGCGAUACAAGUUGGUGUCAGAAACACUUUUGGAUAUGUGCGUUCAAGUUCUGAAGCGAAUGUGGGUCCUACUAAACAACCUCCUAUUGCGCGCCCCACGAACGGAUUACUGCUAAACGGAGGAUCGUCUUCAAGUAGCAGCAGUGUUAAUGGAAGUUCUGGCAGCUUAAAUGGUGGUAUACACCUACCUACAGGCCUGAACGGUGUUUUAGAUCGACCCUACACAAAUGGAUUGCUUGGCCCCACUAGCCAAUCGACUUCUCCAUUCGACUCAAACAUCAUCUCAAAGAGAUUUAACAGUGCCAAUACGCUCGGUCCGUUCUCCACAGCUAUUGGAGAUAUUAAUCUGAAUGGAAUUAAUCCCUAUGAAAAAUGGUCAAACGGUGGAUGUGACUCUCUUUUCCCACCAGCUAAUAAUGAUCCUUACUCGCUUACAACUGCGUCUCACACCGAUCCUAUUCUUGAUUUGACGAACAAGUUGAUUUCCACUGCCAUUUUCCCGCCGAAAUCACAAAUAAAACGUCAGAAAAUGAUCUAUCACUGCAAAUUUGGUGAAUUUGGCGUAAUGGAAGGUCAGUUUACUGAACCAAGCGGUGUUGCAGUUAAUGCACAAAAUGAUAUCAUCGUUGCCGACACCAAUAACCACAGAAUUCAAAUAUUUGACAAGGAAGGACGUUUUAAAUUCCAAUUUGGCGAAUGCGGCAAACGUGAUGGUCAACUUCUAUACCCGAAUAGAGUUGCAGUAGUGCGCACUUCAGGAGACAUCAUUGUGACUGAAAGGUCCCCGACGCAUCAAAUUCAAAUUUAUAAUCAAUAUGGCCAAUUCGUCCGAAAAUUCGGCGCAAACAUUCUUCAACAUCCACGUGGUGUGACAGUCGAUAACAAAGGAAGAAUCGUAGUUGUAGAAUGCAAAGUUAUGCGCGUUAUCAUCUUCGACCAGGUCGGUAAUGUUCUUCAGAAGUUCGGCUGCUCUAAGCAUCUUGAAUUUCCUAAUGGAGUCGUUGUCAACGAUAAACAAGAAAUAUUUAUUAGUGACAACCGAGCGCACUGCGUCAAAGUCUUCAAUUAUGAAGGUAUUUACUUACGCCAGAUUGGCGGGGAAGGAGUUACUAACUACCCAAUUGGAGUGGGCAUUAACGCAUCUGGCGAAAUUUUAAUUGCCGACAACCAUAACAACUUCAACCUAACGAUAUUUACGCAAGACGGUCAACUCGUGUCGGCAUUGGAGAGCAAAGUGAAACACGCACAGUGCUUCGACGUAGCACUAAUGGAUGAUGGUUCCGUCGUGCUCGCCAGCAAAGAUUACCGGCUAUACAUCUAUCGCUAUGUACAAGUUCCGCCUAUAGGUAUGUGAGCCACACGAUCUGAUCACAGAAGAUCGAAUUGACCGACGAACUUUAAGCCAAAAAAUCGACACUCUAAGACAUAAAUAACUAACUUACUACGAUGUUUAACGGUUCUGGCCAUUUGUGUCAAUUUUUAAAUAGGUGAAGUGACGAUACUGACAUAUGGAACUACAAGGUUUUGUAAGUGCGAGUGCGUCACAGAUUGCGGCUGUCUCGAUGUGAUCAAAAGACUAUCUAUGGCAAUCCUCUAAUAUUUCGGCGUGAGAUCUCUGAAUGCAUUAUUUGUAAACGAAACUGUAAUGAGAUUAGUUGUAGUAUUGACAUUGUUAUAUGAGUACCUAUUUGAAGAAUAGAGAUUAUUCCGUUGGUUCAAUCCAGUAAAACGAAAGGUUCUCGACCCUUAUCAUUUUUUGAUCUAUUGAAUAAUAUUUUUUCAUAUCCCACAUCGUUAAAUUAGGGAUGAAUAUUAAGGGCGUUUGUAUUAUUUAGCCCAUUUGUUGGACCAAUAUUUUAACUAUUAUUACUUAAAAAUUGUUAGGCGUUAAGCGUGUGAUUUUAUUGUAAUAAGAGAGCAUCGAGCGGUAUUGUUGUUAGUUUUAAGUAUAUUCUUCGGCACAAUGGCACUUCCUGUUUUUAAUUAGCACUUAUUCUGUGUCGAUGGAAACAUGAUUAUGAAACUAAGUAAGAAGUUGUUACAUUAUUAUUAGAUAAGUGUUAAAUUGAUUGAGCUAAUAUGGACAAUCUUUAGUUACUACCCCUUUUAAUGUAGUUACAAAAUUUAUGGAAAUGUGAUGUUAGGGGUUUUAUCAAUGACAAAGUUGACUGCGGCGUUCCUUAGGCAUGUGCAACGAUAGGCCUCUUAGUAGACGUUACUAAAGCCUGAUUGUUGACUCGAAAACCAAAUUACAUUCAGCAUCACAAGAUGGCAGUGAUCGAAAAUGUUUUAUAGACCUCAGUCAGUUUCAAAAGUUUUUUUUUUUUUUAAUUUACGCCGGUCUUUUGACUAAAGAUAACCUUGAGUAUUAUAAAGCAUUUUAGAGUACGUAAUAGCGAUUGUAGUUUUUUAUUCAUGGAUUAUUGGAUAAUUGUUGGAAGACAGUUUUCUCUAUCUCGACCGUUGACGUCAUUACCGCCUAGUCACUGAGAGCCCACGGACCCAUAAUUCCUCAAUUUCGUUGUUUUAUUUUAACGAUUAGUAACUUUUGGUUGAUAAUAAUAUUAUUCGUUUUUUAUACAAAUCUUAGUACGUAUUUGAAUGUUUUUUUUACUAGUAAUUGGACACGGUAGUAACUAGUAGAGCACUUUAGCAAAUGUUCGUCUCGCUAGAAUUUUUUUUAUUACUGAUAUUUUUUUCUGAGAUUUUAAGAAGGUGGAGCACCAUGCGCUUGCGCAAACUGCGCUAUGCUACUUACUGGAGUAUUAAAGCUUGCUCGGUAUACAAAAUAAUUAUACAAUUUGUUAUUCUGGUAAGAUAUUUUUUAUAUGAAAACAACUUUAUUUUUGUAGCGGUAGUAUUAUACGGUGCAUGUCUAACGUUUAUUUUCUUUGUAUUUUAUGAAUAUUAUGCUAUUUUUAUUAUUAUUUUUUUAUUACAUUACCGUGUGUUUGAGUGUGUUAGCAGAAUUAUUUUAGUUCGAUUUCAUUAGUUUUGAUUUUCUUAGUGAAUAAUGAUUUUUAGUAUUUUUUUUUUCUGAAUCUAUGACAAUAAAAGAUCUGAAGCGAUCCGCUGCUCCGGGAUCGUAGAUCCUUUUUUUAAUUAUUGAUCUGCAUAAGUUUAUCAUUUAGUUUAUGCGUUACAAUGUGGUGAUAUUCCUAUGCUCCUAAAUAAAUUAUCUUUUUUUUUAUGUUUACACGAGAAUGCUUUGAAAACACGUCAAAAGAUGAUCGCGUCUGUCUGCACCACUUGUUCGUUUGCAAUACCUGCUUAACAUGUGCCAUAAAACCAUGUUGUGAUUUAAUAAGUGAUAUUUAGUGUUGUUUGUAAAUAUGUAACAUAAACUGCUGAUUUAUUAAAUUUAAUCAUAAGUAAACAAACCCAUUAUAUACUACGGUUUCACCGGUUCUACUCGUUAGUGCAAGAUAGUACGACGUACUUAAACGAAUAUUCAAUCAAUUUACACGACACAUGAAAUAACUGCUUCAUUAUUAUUUAUAAAAGCGUCUAGAAAAUUUCGAUGUCGACAUAUUUGCACUAACCGUAGAACGACUAAGAUCAAACUACCUUUAUGAAUUAAUAUAAUUUUUCUGCACUUUGCAACCCACGGUGCGCUCAGCCGCCAAUCGUAUUGACGUGUUUUCGACAUGAUUAUCCAUCGAAACAAUAAAUACUAGAUUAGGUGAAGUAGACUUUAUUAUCCAGUCGUUAGUAUCCAAAUUUCAGUGAUGACUCGCCAAUGAUUUUAUGUAUAGACUGCUCUGUUCCUAGUAAAUUAUUAUCUUUUUUAAGAUCGGAUAAAACAUUUUAUUUCACUUAAUCUACUGUUACGAUACAAUAAACUGUUUGUAAGCUGUAAUGUUAUUGAAUUUAUUUUUUGCAAUUGCAGUGCUUUACUUCAGAUUUUUUGGGCGAAUGAAUGUUAGCGCGAAACCUUACACUGAGGUUGUUAAAUGAUUUAACGAGUCGUUCGAUAACAGUUUAUCGCCCCCAAAAUCUGACGUUACGCUAGAAACCUUGGGGCUUAAACCCCAUAUCCAGAAUGUCAUUCGCUACGAAAUUAAAAUAACGUGAUUUUAUCGAAUGUACAAUUUUGGUUAAAACAUACGCUUCUACUUAAAUGAAAAAAAAAAAAUUCACCGUAUUAUAUUUAUUUUAAGUACCUAUAGUAUAGUGUAUGAAAUUCUAUGUAAGGAUAUGCAAAUUAUGACAACCGCUCCUUUCAAAUUAAUAGUAAAUCUGUAUAAUCAGUUGUAUUUAAUUCUUUUAUUAUAUUUGACAGCAAUGAAUAUUUAAUUGACCCGAACGGGUGAUUAAGUUUUGUUUAAUUUACAAUUUAAUUUACAUUCACAAUUAACUUUUUUUUUUAAUUUCGCAUAAUAUAAUAAGUAACAUGAUUUUGUAUUAAAACAAUUCAUUCUUAAAAUUGCAUUUCUAAAGCUUGAGGACUGAUUAAAAUUGAAACAUGUUUUGUCUUUAAAUAUAUUUUGUCGAUGUUUGUUGU